ACCUGGUUGCCAGUACCCAGUGCUCCAAACACUGUUACUUACACUGUAAUCUUAAAAUGACCUCACAGUUGUAUCACGACCUAUUGAUUUGGUGAGACCUGCGCUUUCCAAACUGAGAGAGGGUGAAACACUGAAAAGCACACAGAGUGCCCAAACAAAACUUAGGUUAGUAGGCAAUGCAGAAACAAAAACGAAUGGAGCAGAUUUAUAGAAAACUCUGAAGUAGGUGCGUAGAGUCAACAGUCACUUUGUCUAGCCUGAGGAAGAGUGGCUUACCGCUUCCUAGUUUCAUGAGGGAAAACUGGCAAAGCCCCCCGGAAGCAAAAUGGGAGGAUUUCAAGAGUAGCAACCGUGAGUACCUACCUCUUGCACUGAUUUGUUAAGCUUUGACCAGCUGGAAACCGCCAUCACCCCUCCCAGUCUUAAAGAAAAGAUAACAGGGCAACUGUGUAAAUAAAUUAAUGGCUAUUUUGUGAACAAAGGAAAUAAGGUCGGUAAACCUGCAUUUUUCUUCAGUACCCACUGGAGGUCAUGGAAAAGAUCUUGCAAAAAACCCCUCAGCAAAUCAUACUUAUCUGAGAAACAAUGAUUUCUUCUUUUGAUAAUUUGCUAGAGCACCAUACAUCUUGCCAUGCCUCCAGCACAUCUGUUUGAAAUGUUGUUUUCAACUAUCACUUUAAUCAAUUAUUUUUCUCUACUUCUACUGACUCUCAUCGAAUAUUUUACACUCUAAUGCAUUACAAGUAAAAACCAUGUUAUGCUGUUUUUUAUUAUGCAUCACAUACUAUGCAGUACGUGUAUCCAGGGAGGUGUCGAAUGUGGCACAUAGGAAAAAUAAAUUUUGAAGUAUUUUAUUGCACAUCUAAAUUACUGAAUAUUCAUUUAAUAGAUGGAAUGGACUUGCACGGGUUAACCUCAAACUGAUGACCUUAAAAUAUGGAUAUCUUCAGUUGCUUCAUUAACUGAGGAAGUUAAAAGAACGAACCCAGGGAAAGAAUCACAAAACUUUUUCAAAGAAACACAUCAUUGCCUUUCAUCACGAUAGAACGGAAGGAUCUUUACAUGAAACGCUCCGCAUCUAUUCGGAUAGCUGUGAAUUACGGCCAUGAGAGCUGUCUGAAAGGAAAGAACAUCUCAGUUACACCAAGCAAAGCAGGGAAGUGCUUGACACCAUCUAACAUAAAUGCUCAUCAGAUCACAAACCAAGUGAUAAUAAAAUGGGACCUGCCUGUAACUCCUACAAAAUAUGAGCUGAGAUACAGAGAGGCAGUCACAGAAUCCACUCAGUGGACGUUGGUGACCACAGAAAGCAAUGCUGUCAACAUCACUGUUUCAGACUUAAAUGCUACAUCUUCAUACAUCGUUCAGCUCAGAUGCAUAGCCAAUCACUGUGUCUGUGUUUGGAGCAGAGAGAUUUUGGUCCCCCACAAGCUCACUAACAAGCCAACACUAUCAUAUAACACAACUACAGAAAUCUCUCCAGGCAGAAGAAGUGUUCUUCUGAAGUGGGAGGUAGCACAAAGCAGGAAUGUCCUUGGAUACUACGUUAAUGUAGAAAGAGUACCCAACAAUUGCACACAUUUACCAAAACGCAUCAUUCUAAAGGACCAAAAAGUUCUUCUAAAUCUCUCUAUGGCUUAUUAUAGAAUUAAUAUUUCUGCCUAUAACCAAGCAGGAGAAUCGCCACAAACCAUUUACGUUGUCCCAGAUUUCUCUGCAACAGACUUGCCUGGCCAAAUCAACGUCAAACCUCAGGGAACUGAUACAGUUGUCACCUGGACUCCAGAAUACAGUCCAAAAUGUUUUGUGGUUGACUGGGGCGCUAGCAAAGAGGAUAUGCGCAUGAAAAUAAUAGCUACAGCUACCGGAAGUUUCACACUAGACAAUUUUCAGCCAUAUAAGUUAUACAAAAUAAUGGUACAUGGAUCCGAUGUGUGUCACUGUGAAAGUUUCACAAGACAUGAAAAGACUUUUGGAGUGAGCCACUUUUACUCAGUGGAAGGAGUUCCUAGAAUAGGUCCCACUGAUGUGACAAUUCUGAAUAUAACAAAGCAUACUGCGCUUGUGAAGUGGACUGAAAUAGCUGCCGAAGACUGUUUGGGCUUUCUCCGGGGAUACAGAAUACGCUACAUAGACUCAGCAAGAACAAAAUCUCAGGCUGUUACUGUCAAUUCUUCUACCACGAGUUACCAUCUCACCGGACUUAAGGAAAAGACUAUCUACCACGUGCAGAUUUCAGGAUUCACCAGCGCCGGAGAAGGACCUCAGACUCUUGCACAACCUUUCAGGACACCACAAUAUGAUAAAGCAGAAUUCGAAGGAUUUGUGACUGGCCUUUGCUUCAGCAUGAUGCUCAUUCUGUUUUUUGCACCUCUCACUUGUUCUCUGGUGUUUAAAAGGUUGAAAGAACGGUUCUGGCCUAGUGUACCAAAUCCAAGAAACAGCACUGCAAUCCAAGACAUGACUAAUUGGAAACCCAUUUCAAGAUCUCUGCUUCAGGCCCUGACAGACAAUGAUACCACCAGCCUGUAUGUCAUUGAGCAUGAGUCAAAGGCUCCUUUGAACCUAGAGCUCUUUACAAAUGAUGUAGAAGACAACAAGUCUGACACAUGGCAGUCAGAAACACUUAGGCAUAACAUAGACAUAAGCCUAAGGCAUGCACAGAUCCCUGAAAAAGCUGUUACAAGUGAAAACGAAGGGGUUAUUUCCAUUACAGUACCACUCUUGAGUGACUACACCAGCAUGGAGUUCAGCCAGAAAGCCCUGAUGAGUCUAACAGUGAAGCUGCCUGCAAGAGCUGCUCCUCUGGAAAUGGAGCUAAGCAGUAAGCCAACAAAAACUGAGCAACAGGUUUUGUUUGCUCCUGAAGACUACUUGAAACAAAGCCAGGUAGUAUUUAUGCCAUCUGGAGCAACUUUAAGAGGACACGUCAAUUUGAACUGAAGCAUCUUCAUACUUUCCCAUACCAUAAAGCAAGUUCCAAAACCUCUGAGGCUUGAAUAGAGACGUUAGGACCAUAUACAAUAGUGAGCUUGUGACAAUGAUAAUUCUCUACUUCAAUAAGCUUCCUAGAUGAAAUAGAUUAAUUAUAAAAUUAGAUCAGCUCUUUCACCACAGAUACUCUGUGCUAAUUCCUACAGUCUUCACAUGGCAAAACUUAGAUGGAAGUGUUUGAAAAAUCUUCCAGUAAGAUACAUCUCCUUGCUAAUUCCUUUGAAUCUGAUCACUUGCAGGGAAAUGUAAUAAAUUCAACAUGGCUAAUUGACUCAGUUACAGUACUUGCGUUUAGGAGACUUCACUUCUAGUCCCAGGGCAGUCAGGAAGCCAUUUCAAGGCUUCUGGUUUAAACACAAUAUUGUUCAAGUCAUCAGAAGAGUUCUCUGAUCAGUUUUAGAUAUCUAAGACCUGAUUUUCAUGUCUGAUUAAUUCUUCAGUAAAAAUUCUAGGUGUCUACCACUCCGAAGAAGCUCCCCAGUUCUUCAGAGCUGACCAAACAGAAGCCCUGAAUUUAAGAGGGGGAAAUGAUGCUUAUCCACCUACAUAAAGCACUUUAUGUUGGAUAAAAAGUAUUGUGUAAAUGAAGGUGAUAACUAUCAUUAUUAUUACUGACAUUUCACUUACAUUAAAUUUGGGCUAUUUCUUCCUAUAUGUAUCCAUACAGACAUAGAAAUCCAUUCAUAUUCAAUGAAAGCAAUUGCAGAUACAAAUUCACACUGGAUGCGAUAAUGAAAUCUGUAGAACAGACUUCAAGAAUUGAAUAGAUAGUCCAGCUUAGACAUUCCCCCCAAAGCCAGCACAGAGGUGUCACUGGAAUACAGAGGCUAAAAGGGUCUCCAUAAUAUGCUCUCUAUAAGACGCCAUUAGGAAGUUCCACAACGCAAGGAGUCUAAGCUGGUUUUCCAGCAACUUACAACGUUCUCACCGUGAACUCUAUAGGCAUUGUUUGCAGUUUGCAGACCCGCUUUAUUAUCAUCUCUUCUAGUUUAUGAAGCAUCUUAUUAACAUUAUUUUGCAGAGAAAGCCUGAUGCUGAUUAGACCGACAUGUUUUAAAAUUCUCUCAUUAAAUUGAAGGCUGAUUAGCAUUCACACAAAUACUUCAAUGCACAGUAGUCAUCAGGCAGUAUGUUACAGAAUAGCCAUGGUCGCUAAGAGCUCACAUAACUUGCAAAUCCCCUGGUUGAUUGGUUCAGUGUUUUGUCCACUGGUUUUAACCCUGUGCCUCUGUUAGGAUAAGCAGGAGCCAACCUACAUUUCAUUGUGGGUUUUGCACUGAUCUUUCUAAACACUUAAAACUUCUAUGGCAUUGUUAUAUAUUCAUUUUUUCUUACCUCUGCACCUAAAUAUUAUUAUGAUGUAGAAAGUAUAAGGUAAUAAGUACAAUCAAACUAAUGGCUUGUGAACAGUUUUAGUACACAGAGUGGCCUUCCUAUGUAAAACUCAAAAGACAUUCUGGGCUUUUGACCCAGUCAGUAUUGCCUCCAUGAUAGUAGCCAUUGCCUGACAUCUUGCUAAAGAAAAUCCAUUCGUCAAGCUAGAAGAAUUUCACUAAAAGUAUGCAUGGACAUAUUUGGCUCAAAUAUAAGGAAUGGAUAUAUUCCACUUUCAGUUGUAAAGCUUAUAGUACAUUUAAUUCUUCAUUGAUAUCUUAUUAUAACAUUACCACACUGAAUAGUUGUAUAAUGACAGUAAACUGUACAUUUGGAAGAAUGAAAGAUACACGAAAAAUUCUGAUAUGGAAAUUAUAUAUGAAUGAUGAAUUUAGCCCAUCAUGAUGUACCCUCUCCUUUUAUGUGGAGAGAAAUAGAAAAGCAGACUUGCUAAAUAAUUUCAUCAAGCUAAAAAGGUGGCUUUGGUGGAAUAACAUACCUACUUGGGGACAUAGAUUAGGAGAUACGUAGUGCUUAGGUCUUCAGAUUAGGGGCAACUUUUUUCAAAAUGUGUAUGUGUAUACAUAUGUAUAAGGACUGCAGAAGGGUACUUCUAUUAAUAUACAUGAUACAUGUGAUUUAUGUGAUAUAGCACUGUUCAUGUGGUUUCAGCAGUGUCCUUAGUUUCACUAUUGAUGUGUGUCACAUUGUGAGUGAAAUUAUAAAUAUAAAAGCUCAGGACCAUAAAUGCCAAGGCAUUUUGAAUACUUUUUUUCUUAGUAAGCAUAAUAGUAAUACCUCAAAAUGAGCACUGUUACCAUGGGUUACAGUGUUUAGCAUUUCAUAUUUACAAAAAAAUAAUGUUCAGUCUCUAAUAUGGCCUGUCUAUUGAGCAGUAGUGGAGGGUUUAAAAAAAAAAAUCCAGCAUCAUGGUAUAGGGCAAUAAUGAAGAAUGAGGUAAAACUGGUGAACUCGAGAGAUAUGUGAAUUUGCCCUUUACUCAAAUAACAAAGGGCAAUAUCAGGCUCUUUAUCACCAUUUAAAUGGUCAGGAUGAGCAGAGAGCACAGGUAAGGUCCACCACCUUGGUAGCCAGCAACACAGUGCAUGAUGCCAGAGAAAGGAUUAGACAAAGUGUGCAAAAUUUGUGUUAGGACAGGAGUGCUUCCAUCCUUAUGUAUCUAAGAACCAACUCUGUUCAGUAAACCCAUUUCUAACAUAUAUCUAAUAAAACACACUCAGAAGCUAGGUAGGUAACCUAAAAAAAAAAUAAUUGUGCAUUCCAAGUCAUGGCACAUUACUGAAUGAGUCAGUUGUGAUACCAAAAAGAAUAUAGUUAUGGUAGUGAGUACAUUAGCACCAGCAAAGAGCCAGUCUGGUACAUAUCUAUUUUUCUGGUACCUUGAGUAGGUCAGGUUGUUCUUGUACACUUUAAUUUAAUACACAAAGAAAAUUUAAUACACAAAGAAAAAUAUGUUUCUACACUUUGCUGUUGUUUUUGACACUUAAGGUCAGACCGCAGAGCAUUACCUAGGCAAUGUUUCAGAUACAAGAAAUAUAGUAGAUUGCAGUGACCACAAUACCCCAGAGUUUUUUUGCAUCUGUAUUAACUACCAAAUACAAUAAUAAUAGAAUAUCUAUAAAUUAGAAUAGAAUAGAAUAUCUAUAACUCCCCUAAAAAACUAGGAGUUGGGGGGUACUUGGACAACCUCAAAAGCCACUUCUGCUACAACAGCAUCUCUAUGUGAACAGAACACACUGUCUAAAAGCAGAGAGUACAGGGGACAUGGAGAUCCUGUCAAUCUGAGCCAAUGCCAGUUAUUGUUACAGAAGUUGUAAAAUAACAAACCCCCUAUUUUAAGCCCUCUACUUACAAAAGAUGCUUACCUGAGAGCUUCUGGCUCUGUGUCACAGGCUCUUGGUUUACCUUUUUUUCUCUCUUGUGAUGGCAUUGUUUUUCUCAACCAGUAUGUUUCUAUUGCCUGAAUUACGUUAACUGUGUUCUAGUACUGUGUUGAUGAGCUCAAUAUGGAAACAGGUAAUAAAACUCUGGACUACUUA